GGUGUGAAGCGUGAAGGUGAAGCCUGACUAGAGGGUGGGAGUUGCUGGGGUGUGUCUUCUCUGUCUUUCUCUGCUCCCCAGCUCUCCCGCUGCAUGCUUCCUGCCAUCUCAGGGUCACGACAACAACAACCAGCUGGUGUGAACUUAAAUUUCUGAAUUGUCUUUCUUCCUGUAAGUUGUUUACCUCAUGAAAAGUGACUAGAAUGGGAUGUCAAGAGUUUGAACUUCGGCAGGUGGCGAAGAUGACGGACAGCGGCGGUGGUGUGAGCAAGAGCAGCAGCCGGAGCACGGGGAAGGGGGCGGUGUCGGCCGAACAGGUAACUGCUGGCUUUAACCGCCUUUGGCAGGAACAGAGAGGCUUGGCAUCCAAAGUAGCUGGGCGGGAGAUGGAAUUGAAUGAGCACAGCCUAGUGAUUGAUACACUGAAGGAAGUGGAUGAAACCCGCAAGGGCUACCGCAUGGUUGGAGGUGUGCUGGUAGAGCAGACCGUCAAAGAAGUGCCGCCUGCCUUGGAGGGUGACAAAGAGCAGAUACAGAAGAUCAUCGAGACACUGUCACAGCAGCUUCAGGCAAAGGGGAAAGAACUCAAUGAAUUUCUGGAAGAGCACAACACUUGUCUUAUGGGGGAAGAUGAGAAGCCAGCAGCCAAGGAAAGCUCAGAAGGAGCUGGCGCUAAGUCCAGCUCAGCAGGAGUGCUGGUCUCUUAGGAACUAAGGCCUCUGCACUUUCUUUUUCACCCUGACUCCCACUUCUAAUUU